AACUCCAAUUAAUGUUUAACAAGCUAGAAUGGUCCGAUGGGACAAUAGUGGCGUGAUCCGGCACAUCCACGCCCAAAAGAUUUCGGGAAGCACGUGAAAGUCUGAGGGGGGGAGUGGCAACACCGAGCGUGUGUGCGAGGGGAGCAUUUACCAUUCGCCGCAGCUGGCGGAGCAGACUGUGCCCGGCUCCCCGCGCAGCUCAGCUCAGCUCAGCUCGCGCGCCAGCCGGCCAGGUUCUAGGCUCAGCCCGCGCGCGCCAGUCGGGUUCUAGGCUCCGAGCCCUGGGUUCUAAGGCGCCCUGCAGCAUGGGCCGCCACCCCCGCGCGCUGCUGCUGCUGCUGGGCGCCCGGGCUCUGCUGGCCCCCGGCGCCGCUGCGGAGGAUGAGCCGGACGAGGAGGCCGAGCUGGUGCUGUCCUUCCCCUCGGAGGAGGAGAACCAGACGGAGGUCGGAAAGCCGCUGGGCUCGGCCGCUUUCUACAGGACGAACAAGGACAUGUGGAGAUUACCUGGCCAGUACAUAGUGGUGCUGAAGGAGGAAACUCAUAAAUCCCAGACAGAGAGAACCAUCCGCAGGCUGCAAGCUCAGGCAGCGAAGCAUGGCUACCUAACCAAAAUCCUGCACAUCUUCCAGGAUCUGUUCCAGGGCUUUGUCGUUAAGAUGAGCAGUGAUGUGCUGGAUAUGGCGUUGAGGCUGCCGCACGUGGAUUACAUCGAAGAGGACUCCUACGUUUUUGCUCAGAGCAUUCCCUGGAACCUCGAUAGGAUUGUCCCAGCACAGCGCAAGUCUGGAGAAUAUAACCCUCCCAAUAAAGGAGAUCUGGUCGAGGUUUACCUACUAGACACCAGCAUCCAGAGCAACCACCGGGAGAUAGAGGGAAGAGUCUUUGUGACUGAUUUUGAGAACGUGCCAGAAGAGGAUGGCACACGCUUUCACAGACAGGCCAGCAAGUGUGACAGCCAUGGGACCCAUAUGGCUGGGGUGGUGAGUGGCAGGGACGCUGGCGUGGCGAAGGGAGCCAGUGUGCGCAGCCUUCGCGUGCUGAAUUGCCAAGGCAAGGGCACAGUCAGCGGGACCCUGAUUGGCCUGGAGUUCAUCAAGAAGACCCUGACUGCCCAGCUCUACAGCCCCCUAGUGGUGCUGCUCCCCUUUGCCGGAGGCUACAGCCGUGUUCUGAAUGCAGCUUGUCGGCUGAUGGUGCAGACAGGGGUGGUAAUGAUAGCUGCAGCUGGCAACUACAAGGAGGAUGCCUGCUUGUACUCCCCUGCGUCUGAACCGGAGGUGAUCACUGUCGGGGCAACCGAUUUCCAGGACCAGCCUGCCUCCAUGGGAACCUUAGGAACAAACUUUGGCCGGUGCGUGGAUGUCUUUGCCCCCGGUGACGAUAUCAUCGGGGCCUCAAGUGACUGUAGUACUUGCUUCACUUCCCAGAGUGGGACAUCCCAGGCUGCUGCACAUGUAGCAGGCCUCGCAGCCAUGGUUCUGAACACCGACUCCACGCUGACGCUCUCUGAGCUGAGGCAAAGGCUAAUUCAUUUCUCCACCAAAAAUGUGAUCAAUGAGGCUUGGUUUCCUGAAGACCAGAGGUUGGUCACACCCAACAGAGUGGCAGGACUGCCCAGCAAACUCACCACAGAGGAGCAGCUGUACUGCCGCUCCAUGUGGUCUGCCCAGUCCGGGCCGAUGCGCUCCGCGACAGCCAUCGUGCGCUGCAGUGGGAACGAGGAGAUGCUGAGCUGCUCCAGCUACUCCCCGAACGGCAAGCGGCGAGGAGAGCGUAUCGAGGUUCAUGGAGGCGGGAAGCAGUGUGUGGCCCACAAUGCAUUUGGUGGCCAUGGUGUCUAUGCUAUAGCGAGGUGUUGCAUUUGGCCCAAAGCUGACUGCCAGACUCACACCAGUUCCCAGGUUGCGGAUGGUACUUUGACAGCCGGAGUGGGGUGCUCCAAGGAGAACCACGUUUUGACAGGCUGUAGCUCCCAUUCUCUUGCUGGAGAGUUUAGUGACAGUGUCAGACCCGUUCUCGGGAUGGAGACCGGACAGCACCGAUGCGUUGGUAGAGUGGAUGUGGCCGUGCAUACUUCCUGCUGCCACGCCCCCAGCAUUGAAUGCAAGGUGAAGGAACACUCACCUAUGGGCUUCCAAGAAAAGGUGGCAGUGUCCUGUGGUGAUGGCUGGACUCUGACCGGCUGCAAUGCGUAUUCCUGGGGUCCUGGCACCCUUGGCGCCUACGCUGUGGAUGACACUUGCGUGGUAACAAGUGCCCUUGGGGGCAAAGGGGCAGCCUCCAUUGCCAUCUGCUGCAGAAGCAGACAUUUGGAAGCUGACAAGCACAGUUCCAACUACUAGUGAGGACCCUGCCUGUGGCUACCAGGUGCUCCUGCUGGGACAAAUCUGACAUUCCACCAAGACACAUUCCAAAACCAUCACCUUUCUGGAUUGCAGAGCUCAGGCUACUUCUCCCUUUGGCUAGUGCUGCCUGAUUAAACAAGAAUCAGUCAUUGCUUGCAAGUGGGAGUCAUAACACACCUACAACGUAAAGGCCAUUUGUGUCUGGAUACUCUCGAUCCCAGUGCCGUGAGGAUGAGUGGGUUUUUUCCUCUCUUCUUCCAUGGAACCGCCUAAUUUACUGCAUAUGCAUUCUAGCAGGGCGACAUUUGGUAAGAAGUCCCAUCAAACAGUAACCGAAACAACUCCUGCAUAUAAAGCAGCUACGUUAGAAUCUGUGUCAGUCAAGGGCUUUGAGGGUGACUUGUGGUGGUGUAUUUUAUUGCACCAAGUCAGCAACCCCCUUCCCUGUUCUCAGCGAAGUUUGCUAGGUACCUUUGUUUUCUCUGCAGCAUUCUGUGGGUAUUUGUGUUACCACCUCAUUCUUUUUCUGCACUUGAAGCCAGAUUUUCCCUCCUGCUUUAGCCUCUGUGAACGGCUGUGGCAGUGAUGGGCCAUGAAAGACCAGGAUUUGGUAAGGGGAAAAGAUCCUCUAGUGCAGAAAGUGAUGGGUGGGGUGAUGCUGUCGGGCAGAAGUGGGGAGCUGAAGCCCCAGAGCCUCAUGGGCUGAUUAGGAAAGCCAGAUCCAGUCUAUGGGCUCUACCUGGUGGGGAAGAGACUCCAUGCGCUGCAGCUCCUCCUCCGUUAGUGCAGUAAAGCACUGCCUGGAGGGCCCCCCCAUGUACUAGCCUGGACCCUCCAACACUCUACAGUGCAAGGGGAAUGCCUUCUGCCUGUGGCCAUAUCACUGAGGUAGGUUUUUUGCUUCUCACUCUGAUACAGCUCCUGCCUGGGGGUGUGGUGGUUUUUUUUUUUGUGGGUCAGGGGCUCCCAACCCUAAAGAUUCCUCACCCCUGCUGUAGGGGGCUGCCAUAAUCUCUCCUUGGAGAUGGAGCUGCCAGCUCUGCUGCCAGGGCUGAGAAUCAGGGAUCAAAAUGUGCCUUAAAGCCACCAUAGUCCCCAUGGGGCUGUGACUGUGCAGUCAGACUGGUCUUCCAGGAGAUGCCCCACAGGGCCUGCGCUGUCUGACUUGCAAUUAGCCCAAAAACCCUGCAGGGAUUUUAUUUUUUACGUAUCUUAGGAUCUUUCUGUAACUCCUUUCCUCCAAGCAGCGCUCUAUGUGCCUUACAAACCCUGGCUCUAGCAGCCAUUGCUCUCAAAGGUGCAAAGUGAAGCUUCUGUGCACAGUGGAGCAGCAUCAGCAGAACCAUGGCCUCCUCCAGCAGGCUGCUGCAGAAAUGGGCAAGGGUGGUGGUAAGGGAAUUAUUCUCUUCCUCCCCCCCAAAAACCCACCAGAGAGGAACAUCAGGGAUUAGCCCACACUGGCAGGAAUUUGGCCCUGUCCUCCACUAGGUCUCCCAGCUGGAAGUCCUCCCAGGCCAUACCAUCCCCAUGCACAGAUCACUCAGUGCAUGGAGGUCUUCUGUGCAGGUCCCAGGUUUGGGAUGUGUGGAGGCUUGAAGGAGGCAAGUGUUGCUGAAGUGACUGAACCACCUUCUUUUAGAAGAUCAUGCACGAAGCAUAGUACAGCCUGUCCUGUGUGAAUUCUUGAGACAGCCUCUUGGCCAGUAAGAACUGGACUGAAACCACCACUUCAAGUUCUCUAUGACUUAAGCAGAGAUGAGUUGGUAACCACUACCCUGAUGAAUGCAGUGUGAAUUCCUAGGAAGAGUAUUGAGGCUAAUCUACAUCAUCUGUAACUCAGCCAGGCUUGGUUUAUGUCACUACAAUCCCUAAACCACUGCCUCACAAUGCACUGAGAUAGUCAGCAUAGUAUACUAGUGAUCUUCAUAGGCUGUUCAUUUCUGUCACCAUGCAGUUUAAGACAAAACCAGAAUCUCUGUAACCCCAUGCAUUGUCAAUGUGGCUUUAUUGCUUGUUAGAUUUCAACUAGACAAUCUAGGUUAGCACUUCUUGCAGCUUUGACUUUCCCACCCACUUCCAAAAGUUAGCCUAACAGCAUAGCAAAUAAACUCCAGCAUGUGCUCAGUCAAGCUUGUAACCUCUAGUUUAACAGCUUGUUUAAUCAGAUUUUAAUCUUAUUUUUUUGGCAGCUGUUACUUACUAGCUUUUUAAAGAGCAAAAGAAAUUUAAACUAAAAAUGUCAACCUACUGUACUGCUUUAAGUAGUCUCCUUUCAGGUUCGCCCUUGGGGAAGUGUAUAUGGUUGAAGUAAUGUGCUGUAAUUCACUGUUUUUUAUAAAGAGCUUUCAUGGUACUGUGGUUUUUACAUCUGUAUCUUGAAAAUAUUUAUUCAAGUUUUAUAAACAGCAUUUUAUAAGUGUCUUUUUAAAAUAAAAAUGUAUGCCCCUGCUUGGAGUUCUUCUAUCUACUCAGCAGUCAGUGUGAAAUGGCAGGAGAUUAAAGCUGGAGGUGACCCAUUGUUCACACUGCUGCAUACAAUCAUCCUCUUAACAGGGAACAGGUCUGGUGCAAACCAUUGAUAUUGACAAGAAAGGAGACAUCAGGUCACUCACACAGCUGCAAGGGAGGUUAGACUUAGGUACAGGACCAUGAGCCAGAAUUCAGGCUUGGAGUCUAGGCUCUGUGGUACAGCUACAGGGAGUACGCAAAAUCGGCUCACACUAGUGCACUUAAUAGUAAGUCAGGUGUGGGCUGGUGCUCUGGUGGGCUUUACAGUGACAUUCUGGCUCAGGUAAAGUUCAGGCAGUACUAUUUUCAGCUGACUACAUGGACCCACAGUGGGCUGGGUCAUUCCCAACUGCAGCAUUAUCCAUUCUGUGCCCUUCUGACUGGGUAGCACUACACAACCUCCCACAAGAGGUACCAGUAGGGCAAAGUUACUGACCUGUACCCUGCAAGCUGUUAGCCCAUGGGAAGAAUGUGUUACUUCUGCUACAGGAAGUAAGAGUUACACAGGUUUACCAAUAUGCAGCAGUACUGGUGAAUGAGCUGUAUAAACCUUGUUUUGCUUUAAAUAAGACCUUCCAGUUAAUAGCAGAGGGUGUUUUCCCUUUG